AAGUUUGAGGAGGAGGGCAAGUUCUCCUCCUCUUUCUCCUCUUCCUCUUCCUCCUGUCUCGCGUGGUUUGGGGUGGCCCUUGGGGUCGUGGUGGGUGAAUUCCACUUUCCUGCCCCUCCACUUAAAAAAAAAGUUCUAGAGGGGUAGCCCUGUUGGAGCAAGCACUGUCCGUAGGAAGAGUCUCCUGACAGCUUUAAAGGCUGACCUGUGCCUGUGUGGCAGGAGGAGGCUUUGUGCACUACAAGCCCACUGGGUCAGAUGCGCAGAGUGCUCUCCUCAGCUGGCACGGAGAGGAGGAAGGAAAGAUGUAACCGAUGGAGGCCUGAAAUGCACGAGGCAGGGACGUUUCUAUGCAAAGCUCAAAUGUACACAAGAGAAGCACGAACACCCAAGAGUCUUGUGGCACCGUCCAGACAUCGCAUUUUUAUUGUGGCAGAAGGUGUAGAGGCUGCUUCAUCAGUUGCACGGAGUGUUAUUCUCAUCUGGCAGACAGAUGCCUAGUUAUGUUUCUUAAAAUUUAAAAAAAUCAAAGACUAAGCUGAAAGAUGGAACAGAAUCUCUCGGAGAAAAAAACAGCCACCGCCCAGACUGCAGACUUCGAUGUAAUGGGUGCCUUAGACUGGAAAGACGGCGUUGCCACCUUGCCGGGUAGCAACAUACAAUUUCGUUUAAGUGAGUUUGGAACAUUAGAAAUCAUUUCUGAAGUUGAAGCAAAAGCUGCAAAAAGUCUCUCUGCCUCCUCAGUAAAUACCAGUUUAGCCGUCCUUACCUCGUCUAACUCUUCUGCUUCCAACACCAUAACUGCCUGUGAUCCUGAAGAGCUCAAAGACAACAUUCCCAGAUUUGAGCUCCAAACCUGUGAAAAGACCAGACGUUCUGGACAAAUGGACAGCUCUGGGAAUUCCCAUCAAGAGCACAAAGACAGAGUCUCUAAGGAUACCACAGCUGACUGUGGAAACCGGACAAGUAGCAGCCAGGUUUAUGAAACAGACAGAUCCUCCAAACGACUUCGAAGAAAGAGGAAGCUGCUUUUGGAUUCUGAAGAGGAGGAGGAAAAUGCAGAUGAUGAGGAGGAAAAGAAUAAAAUGAAUUUGAAAAACCGGAGAAACACUAAACCAGUUAAGCAAGUUAUUCCUGGAAAGAAGUAUGUGUGGAACUGGAUUUCAUACUUGGAAGAAGAACGGAUGCCAGCUGCUCCCCUGAAACUUUUCAAAGAGUCUCAGUCCUUUCCACAAAACAAAAAUGGAUUUAAAGUUGGAAUGAAGUUAGAGGGCCUGGAUCCUGAACAUCCAUCUUUAUUUUGUGUCCUUUCUGUGGCUGAGGUACAGGGGUACAGAAUGCGAUUGCAUUUCGAUGGUUAUUCAGAGUGCUACGACUUUUGGGUUAAUACCGAUUCCCCAGACAUCCACCCUGUUGGCUGGUGUGAAAAAACAGGUCACAAGCUGCUCCCUCCUAAAGGUUACAAGGAAGGGGAAUUUAAUUGGACUGUAUAUUUGAAGAACUGCAAAGCUCAAGCUGCCCCAAAAACUCUUUUCAAGACUCUCAGCACACCAGUCACACCUUCUGGUUUUCGAGUGGGGAUGAAGUUGGAGGCAGUUGACAAAAAGAAUCCUUCCUUGAUGUGUGUGGCAACGAUUGCAGACAUGUUGGAUAAUCGGCUGCUGAUUCAUUUUGACAACUGGGAUGAAAGUUAUGACUAUUGGUGUGAUGCUAGUAGCCCAUAUAUUCGACCUGUUGGUUACUGCCAAGAAACUGGAACUCCCCUAACGACGCCAGCUGAAUACAAGGAUUUCAAAAGCUUCUCUUGGGAGAGGUAUUUGGAGGAAACUAGUUCUCAAGCAGCCCCAGCAAGAGCAUUUAAACUGCGUCCAGCCCAUGGAUUCCAGGUUAACAUGAAACUAGAGGCUGUAGACAAGAGAAAUCCUAUGCUAAUUAGGGUGGCAACUAUAACAGAAAAGGAUGACUAUCGCAUCAAGAUACAUUUUGAUGGCUGGGACCAUAAUUUCGACUUCUGGGUUGAUGCUGACAGUCCAGAUAUUCACCCUAUGGGCUGGUGUGCAAAAACCGGACAUGCUUUACAGCUCCCACUAGGGACUACGGACCCAUUGGCGGUAGCAGGACAGGGAUGCCCCACCCCUGGUUGUCUGGGAAUGGGUCAUGUCAGGGGACCCAGAUAUGGAACGCAUUACACAUUAGUCGGCUGCCCCUAUUCAGAAAUCAAUCGCAACAGAGAGAGUUCCUUGCAGGAUCGCCUUGGUGGAGAGAAACCUUCACCCAGCACCAGUGUCCAGAAACCCAAGAAGAUGGAAACGUCUGCACCACUUACAGACUUACAAGAGGAUUCUCCACAGUCCAGAAAGUCUUCCACACAAGACGGGGAGAGGUCAGGCCGAAGCAGCAUCUACAGUCUGUCGGAACAGUCCGAGACCAGCCAAGAGAAGGAGUGGGCAGAAGGGGAGUCGUCUACGACUACCAAAAUCAAAUCAAAAAGGAUUGGUUGCUCACAUAGCUUUAUAAAGCUCCAACUAGUGAAGCAGGAUGCUGAUGGAAGAGACACAGCAUUUGCACUGCAGCAGGCCCUCCACCAGUCUGUCUUCAUGCCUUCCCUCUCCACCAACCCUACCCACCGCCUCCAUCUCUGCUGGGAGCAACACUGCAAGCUGCUGCCGGAGGUCUCGGGCCUCACCGCCAAGAACGUCGCCAAAUGGAGUGUGGACGAGGUGGCUGGCUUUGUCCAGCGUCUACCUGGUUGCAAGGAUCAGGCUGCACUAUUCCGACAAGAGCAGAUUGAUGGUGAAGCUUUCCUUCUCCUCAACCAGUCGGACAUUGUUAAGAUCUUAAGUAUCAAACUGGGGCCUGCGCUGAAAAUCUAUAAUGCCAUCCUGAUGUUCAAGACUGCAGAAGAAGACUGAGGCAGCUGCUCCAGGACCAGGCUGGAGGGUGAGCUCGGAGCUGAGGGUGGCCUCCCAAGAGCAGCUCAGCAGCCGCGGGCCCUACGCUCCCAAUACCAAAUACCGCCUAGGCUGGGGCCUUGGAAAGGCAGCGGCCUAGUGUGAUUUCAGAUGCUCCGGUGGAACACCUGCUGAAAGGAUCCUGGGAAAGAUACGAUCCCUUCUGCUACUCGGAAUGGAUGUGGUGGCUUCCCUUCUAGGAAGAGAUAUUUUUUCUAAUUGAAUCUGAAUAUGAUUAUAUUGAUCUUUUGUGGAGAUCUUGACAACGCCUUCAGUUAUAAGAGGAAACCUGUGUAUUGCAUUGGUGGGAAGCCAAACUCAAGCAAACUGACUUCCUUGUUGAUAGUGCCUAAAAAGAGAGUCCAGGCUAUCACCAUUGUGCUUGAUGUCGUCUUUGUGCCCCAGACUGGGAUUUACAGGGGGAAGGGGGAGAGUGGUGCAUUUGAAUUCCUCAUCAGCAAGAACCAAGCAUCUGUGUUUCUUCCAUACUCCUCUUAAAUCUUGUUCUGCCUUCUUUUUUCAGCUAUCAAAAUGCUGACAGUUAAUGUCCAGCAGCAUUUGGGGAAACAAGGGGGUUGGCAUGGGGUGCACUCCACAUGAAGUCCAUCUCUAUGUAUGUUGGUUGUGAGGUUACCAUACUACACUGCAAGCUGUGUAAUUGCAGAGUUUACCUGAAUUAAAUCCAAGCAGGUUGAAUAAAGGCUACUGGAGAGGGCUUUAACAGAAGAUAGGUUAAUCGUUUGUGCAGAUAGGGCCCUCUGAAUGAAGGGCAUGAGACCUUCUGAGAAGCUAUGACCAAACUAUGGGGUUGUGUUGAAAGUGCUGCUUCCUAUGGUUCAGUGCAAGGUGAACUUUGGAAGUGGUAGAUCCAGUACUGUCUUGACUUUUUCUGUCCUGGCAAGAAGUCUCAAAAGCAUCUGAUGGUUCCACUAAGAGGCAUUCUGCUUCAGAAGUACUGCUGAUCUAUACGUAGGUGUAUCUAGCCUGGAUCUCAUCUCAUUUUAAGCAGAAAACAACUAAACAUGCACUGCACUAAGCACUGCUGCCCUACAUCCUCUAUUUCAGGGGUUCUCAAACUCGGGUCCCCAGAUGUUGUUGGACUACAGCUCCCAUCAUCUUCAGGCCAUGGGAGUUGUAGUCCAAUAACUUCUGGGGACCCAAGUUUGAGAACCCCUGCUCUAUCUGUUUCAAUAAAGCUUGCAUGUGAAUUUACCCAAGCUCCACUGAAAUAACUAGAAGGUGUACAGCCAUAUUACUUGAUGCUCCAAGUCUGCAGUCUUCACCCUUGUACUGUGGAGUGGACCCACCGAAGGUCUCUACUGCUGAAGGAGACUGGAAGCUUUAGCAGGCAGUAGUGUCAUCAGUUUUAAUAGAGAUACCUGCCUACUUUGCCAUGCAAGAGACCAUUCCAUGGGAAUUUUUGCUGAAGAACACAAGGCAGAUGAAGAAAUUGGGACAUAUUUUUUAAAAGAACCUUCUGCCAUAAGAAUCUAAAAACAGAGCAGUCUGGUACAAAGCUUCAGUAGAGAAGAGGGGCUCUUUUUAAAAAAUCCAGUUUCUCCUUGAAGACAGUGCCCUAAUGUCCACAGCUGGUAAUGACCAAGUGUGUAUCUCUCUCUUACUGUUCUUUAUGUUGUACCUUAGAAUAUAGGUAAACAUUCCUAACCUGCCCCCCAAACAAACAAUGAUAUGACUUCAGAAGCAGAUACUGGCCAGGUUCACACAAUCUUUCAAAUCUAGGUUUGACAUGGGCUGCCGACAUAAACAUGACUGCAUGAAUCCAUGUCAAGAUUGGAAUCUCAGAUUCAUUUCAGGCCAUAAACCACUGUGGGGUGGGUUCACACAAUCAUGCUUAUGUUGGUAACUCACAUUAAACCUAGGUUGAAAUGGUUGUGUGAACGAGGCCCUACUCUCCUGUUCCUUGCCUCAUACACGAUGUAGCUUGUAACUCUAUUACAUAAACACACUAUGAGGUCAUUCACACAAGCAAAAACUGUGAUUCUACCCAGGUUUGGCAGCUGUGUGUGCUCCUAAUUAUCGGUUGUGGGGUGCAAACAACUAGGUAAGAGGAGGGAGACAUGAUUGUGUGGAAGCAAGGUAGGAGGAAACCCUGGGUAGCUUUUCCUCCUGCCUUUCUUCCACACAGUCACUUCUCCCUCCUCCUACCGUGUUGUUUUCACCCACACAACCGUUAAUUGGGAGCAGACACAGCUCUCAAACCUGGGUAGAACAGAGUUUUUGCUUGUGUGAAUGACCUCAAUCUCUUCCAAGCACAUGUAGUGACAAGUAAUUCAUUGUCCUAGUAUCUAGCAGGCAAUGAACGGAAUUUGGUGUUUGGACCAGUAUUUUGGACCAGACCAAUGGCACCAAGCCUUCAAGCCAUUAAAUGAGAAGUCAUGGACAGAGUUUGGUAAUGGUUUCAGCUUGAGUGAGGCUGUUUCUGAGUGCCAUAACAAGGCUGCUGCUCUGCUGUCCAUCGCUGAUGAUAAGAGUGUGAAGUGACAAAGAACAGAACUCCUUCGUUUCAGUUGGUCAGUGGAGUUGAUGUCUACCUGUCAAAGAAGUAUCCUUUUUAACUUACCUUUGUAAGUAAAUUUUUGACAUCACUGCAAAAACGAUGUUGGGCUUCCGGUUUAUACCAGCUCCACAUCCGUCUCCCUGCUUUUGAUCUUCAACUUCAUAAGCUUCUCCCUAACCUUCCUAAAGUCAAGCUGACAUAAAACUUGUAAAUAGUGCACGAUUUACUCAGACUGCUGAGUCUGAACAGUAUUGAAUAAAUCUGCAGAGGCAAUAUGUCUUACAAUGUUCUAUUUUUGUAUAAGAAGUUAAGGAGUUUAAAGCCUUCUGCACAGAGGAACCAUCACUGAGUGAGGGUGAUAGAGAGAAUCUCUACUGAGAGAGUCAACAGAAGAUGGGCUGCCAUGUAGAUUAUUGUAGUGCAAGUAAAUUUCAAUACAGCUUUAUGGUGCUGA